AUGCAUUCCACCAACCUCCUGCUCGAGGAGCCCAUCCGGAUGGCCUCCAUCCUGGAGCCCUCCAAGCCUAGCUUCUUCCCGGCGAUGACCAAGAUCGUCGGCACGCUUGGCCCCAAGUCGCGCUCCGUCGACACCAUCUCCGCCUGCCUCAAGGCCGGCAUGUCCGUCGCGCGGUUCGAUUUCUCGUGGGGGGACGCGGCGUACCACCAGGAGACGCUGGAGAACCUCAAGCUCGCCAUCAAGUCCACCAAGAAGCUCUGCGCUGUCAUGCUCGACACCGUGGGCCCGGAGCUGCAGGUGGUGAACAAGAACGAGACCCCGAUCUCCCUCGAGGAGAAUGGCACGGUCGUUCUCACCCCUCACCGCGGCCAAGAAGCCUCCUCCAGCUUGCUGCCCAUCAACUUCUCUGGACUCGCCAAGGCGGUGACACCAGGGGCAACAUUAUUCGUGGGGCAAUACUUGUUCACUGGCAGUGAGACUACUUCAGUUUGGUUGGAGGUUUCUGAAGUUACAGGAGAUGAUGUGGUCUGUAUAAUCAAGAACACAGCCACCUUGGCUGGGUUACUGUUCACACUGCACUGCUCCCAGAUUCACAUUGACUUGCCCACCCUGUCUGAUGAGGAUAAGGAUGUUAUCAGAAAAUGGGGUACUCCGAAUAAGAUUGACUUCCUUUCUCUGUCUUACACUAGACACGCAGAGGAUGUGAGGCAGGCACGGGAGUUCCUGUCAAAAUUGGGUGAUCUAAGCCAAACUCUGAUUUUUGCCAAAAUUGAGAAUGUUGAGGGCUUGAACCAUUUUGAUGAAAUACUGGCUGAGGCAGAUGGUAUCAUUUUGUCAAGGGGGAACCUUGGAAUUGAUCUUCCACCUGAGAAGGCCUUUUUGUUUCAAAAAUCUGCUCUUCACAAGUGCAACAUGGCUGGAAAGCCUGCUGUUGUCACUCGUGUUGUGGACAGUAUGACCGACAACCUCAGGCCUACUCGGGCGGAGGCAACUGAUGUGGCAAAUGCAGUACUUGAUGGGAGUGAUGCCAUUCUCCUUGGUGCUGAGACUCUCCGAGGUUUAUAUCCAGUUGAGACUAUUUCAACUGUGGGCAGAAUUUGUGCUGAGGCUGAGAAGGUCUUCAACCAAGAUUUAUACUUCAAGCGAACUGUGAAAUAUGUGGGAGAACCCAUGACCCACUUGGAGUCCAUUGCUUCCUCAGCGGUGCGAGCUGCUAUCAAAGUUAAGGCUUCGGUGAUCAUUUGCUUCACCUCUUCUGGACGGGCUGCAAGGCUCAUCGCCAAGUACAGGCCCAGCAUGCCUGUUCUUUCUGUUGUCAUUCCUCGUCUGAAGACAAACCAACUGAAAUGGAGCUUCACUGGUGCUUUUGAGGCAAGACAAUCACUGAUAGUUAGAGGCCUCUUUCCGAUGCUUGCUGAUCCUCGGCAUCCAGCUGAAUCAACCAGCUCUACAAAUGAGUCAGUUCUAAAGGUUGCUCUAGACCAUGGCAAAGCCUCUGGUGUGAUCAAGUCCCAUGACCGUGUCGUUGUUUGCCAGAAAGUGGGAGAUUCAUCAAUUGUGAAGAUCAUUGAGCUGGAUGACUAG